AAUUUUAUAUUCUUAACAAAUGCGGUUUGGUCUUUAUUGGCGACAAGACGAUUAGGUCAAAACGAUGCCCCUAGCCCUAGCUACGCUCCUCCUAGCCUUUCAUGCAUUGACUAUUUGAAUUUGAAGUUCUUACUCUAUUCUCCCUUCAUUGCAAUAGAUAGGCUUUAAUUUGGGUCUAAUAUAACCCUUAUUAGAUUUAAAACAUUAGCCUAUAUUAAAAAAUUAUAAAUAUAGUAAAAUCUAUUAAAAUUUAUUUAUGAUAUAUCAAACAAGAAUUUAUCAACAAAAUAUAUUAAUUAAUUUACAAUUUUUUUAAGAUAUUGUUUUAUAUAUGUUACGUUAUCAAUUAUUACCCUAAGUAUGACGUGUCAUUUUCUUCACAACCAUUCCAUUUUAAGUCCUAUUAUUUUCAGAAAGAUUAACAUAAAAAAGAAAGGGAAAAGUAAAUAAUAGUUUAAAAAAAUUGGUCUCCAAUAUUGUAUGAAAGUAACAAUUUAGUCUCUGAACUUUUAGUAUGCAACAAUUUAGUUAUCUGUAACCAUCUUUAAUUUGUGUGUAGUUAGUUCACAAUAUUUCAUUAGUGUGUAAAUGAUUUUUAAAACGUUCAAUUAUGUAUGUCGUAGUGAGUUAAUUGUCUCAAAUGAUUGACAUGUUCUGUCGAUAUGUCAAGGACUUACUUUUUAUUGAUGGACGAUUGAUUUUUAAGCUGGAACCGUAUGUUGUUCUACCUCUUUGAUAUGGUAGAUUUCAUCCUCAUCUCCAUAUAAUUGUCGUAUGAUAUAUUUAUAAAUCCAUUACAAUAUUUUUAAAUUUCAAUUGACUUUCGUUCACUAUUUUUUUCUUUUUUAAGAGAUAAAAAUUUCAAAUUUUCAAAAUUUCAAAAAUGAAAAUAUAUACAUUGAGAAAAUUCUGUUUUAAAUGUAUCUUGGGCACAAAACAAAACCAAGUGUAUAACUUGCAUUCAAGGAAAGCAGAUGUCGCUUUAUUCCAACCUUCCUUUCGAAGACAGAAAAGAAAUGAGCGGCAGAAACAGAAUAGUUUCUGAAUUUUAUCCCCUUUUUUUUCUAUUACAAAACCACCGGAAAUGAUAAAUCUCCUCAUCUUUUGCUGCCUACGGCUGACAUCUCAAUCUUCAUUUGCGAGGUCCGUGAUCGGCGCCGCCGUCUAGCAUGGGACAGGCAAUGGGGAUAUUUGGAGGAAAAGGAUGGAGGAAAAAUCAAUUGAAGAAGAUAACAGACAGAAUAUUUGAUAAGAUUAGUGGAGGUGGUGAUACGAUGCCGUAUAAAGCUCUGCAAGAAGCUACGUUACUUGUCUACAAUGAUAUUAAUAAGCGUUGGCACGGCCCUCAUUUUAAUCCUCCCACGUUGGAACCAUUCGAUAAAGUCGUAAAGGAUUAUAUUGAGAAAGUCAUAAAGGAUAGCGAUAAGAACAAGGACCAAGUAAUUAACCGUGAAGAAUUUUUGGAGUUCAUACUACACUUGACAACCGACGCGUACGUAACGGUGAGGGAAAGAGUGCCGAUCCUUACUUUGGUUGUUGCACCAACGGCUGCAAUAGUCACAAAGAAAAGUACUGAAGGCAUUCCGGGCGUUGGAAAACUUGUGCAAAAGCUGCCCACUUCAGCAUAUGCUUUACUCGUCACUGUUGUUGCUGUCACCUUUCAAAACUCUAAACAACGACUUCUUAAAUGAUUAAAUUCACACUCUAUUUCAUUCGUUAUGUUCCAUUUGUGUAUAUAUAUAUAUAUAUAUAUAUAUGUUCCUUUGCUAUUUACAUAUACAUUCGUGAUUGUAAACUUAUAGUAAUAACAGUCCAACGAUUUGAAUUUUUAAUUACUAUUUGAGAGAAACCUUGUUUGUUAUUUUGUUUA